AUGACUACUGAAGCUCAACAACCUACUCAAACUGAAUAAUCUUCACCUUAACAAAAAAAUAUUAGACUCAGCGAGUCAUAUCCUCCAAAUAGCACAAAUAACAGCUAGUAUUUGGCUGAAGUGCAUGAGGUAAUUAAGAACAUAGAUCUGUCAACUCUUGAUUUCAAUGAAAAAAUAACCAUUCGUGAAAUUAAUCCACUUGGAAAGGACAUAGACUAAUUGAAAGUUUUAUAUAAGGAAUGGUUCCCCUUAAAUUAUGAUGAUACUUUUUGGAACAAGGUCAGUAAAUAACAAGUAGAAGGUUAUGUAGCUGAAUUAGACCUUACUUCAGAAAGUCUUGAUAAGUACAUUGUUGGAGCAGUUGUGUUCUAUGAAAAAGAAGCUAACAGACAAGACCUUGGAUUUUGUCUUGAAUACUUCUUCAACAAGCUACAAACUAUUUAUAUAUAAACUAUUGGAGUCAUUAAUGAGCUCAGAUAAUACAAGAUUGGUACAAAGCUUUUAGACAAAGUAAAAGAUAUUGCCUAAAGAAGAAAAAACAUAAAAUAUAUUUCACUUCACAUGGUAGAAUAUAAUUAAUCUGGUGAAACUUUUUAUUUAAAGAAUGGGUUUUAUAAAGUUAGAACUAUCUUUAACUUAUUCAAGCUGGAAGAGAGAUUCUAUAACUUCUUCUAUUUUUGUUUCUAUGUGAAUGGAGGCAGUAACCCUCAUCAAAACUUUUGGAUGAAGGUUCUCCAAAAAAUCAGAGAACUUUUCAGAAAAUUAGCUGCUUUCAUAAAAAGCUUAUAUUGA